AUGGCACCACGACGAUACGAAGCAGAGAAGAAGGACUCGGCACCUCUAGGAAAGCCGCUGCAUUUCGAAUUUUCCGAUGUCACUGCGCAAAAUCGGUUCCUCAAGGGCGCCAUGACAGAACGCCUGUCAUCCUGGGAUCCAAAGAACCUCGAAGCUCGGGGUGUGCCAUCCAAGAACCUCAUCAACGUAUACAGAAGAUGGGGAGAGGGAGAAUUCGGCGUCAUCCUGACCGGCAACAUCAUGAUUGAAUACGACCAUCUCGAGGCAGCUGGAAACCCCAUCAUCCCUCGUGGCUCAUCAUAUGACGGCGAGCGGUUUGAGAACUUCAAGAAGCUUGCUACCCAGGCAAAGAAGCACGGAUCCUUGAUCGUAGGCCAGGUGUCGCAUCCAGGUCGCCAGGUGGAGGACAAAAUCCAGAAGAACCCUAUCUCUGCUUCCGACGUGCAGCUUGAGGGCAACGUCAUGGGCAUGACGUUCGCGAAGCCACGUGCCGCGACUGACGAGGAUAUCAAGAACGUGAUUGAGGGCUUUGCGCACGCUGCUGAGUACUUAGAGAAGGCUGGGUAUGAUGGCAUCCAAUUGCACGGUGCCCACGGCUACCUCCUCGCUCAAUUCUUGUCGCCUACGACCAACCGCCGCACUGACAAGUACGGUGGCUCUCUUGAGAACCGUGCUCGCAUCAUCACCGAGAUCGGACAGGAAGUACGCCGCCGUACUUCGUCAAAGUUCGUGCUCGGUAUCAAGCUCAACUCCGUUGAGUUCCAAGAGAAGGGCUUCAACACCGAAGAAGCCGCCGUUCUUUGCAAGCUCCUCGAGGACAACCAAUUUGACUUCGUCGAGUUGUCAGGCGGCACUUACGAAUCGCUUGCGUUCGAGCACAAGAGAGAGUCAACGAAGAAGCGGGAGUCUUUCUUCUUGGAGUUCGCUGAGAAGAUCACCCCUUCAUUGUCAAAGACGAAGACCUACGUGACAGGUGGUUUCAAGACCGCAGCUGCUAUGGUAGAUGCGCUGAACACUGUUGACGGAGUCGGUCUUGCACGUCCGGUCUGUCUUGAGCCUGAACUGCCAAGGCAAAUCAUCAAGGGCGAGGUCCACGCAGCUAUUAACCAGCUCACGGACGACAAUGACUUCGGAUCAACGAACGUUGCCGCUGGAACGCAGAUCAGACAGCUCGGUAAGGACCAGAAGCCGAUUGAUCUGAGCGAUGAGAAGAACUUCGAGGCGUUCCAGAAAGACGUCGGCACUUGGCAGAAGGGCUUCGCCGAGGACAAGGAUGGGAGCAAGUAUGGGUACGUCGACAUUGAAAGCGUUCAAGCCGUGCCUUAUGGCAGCGCAGCGCCGUAG